UAAGACAACACAUUUAUUUUGUUGACUUCUUUUUGUGUAAAAUCACCUGAUGAAUUCGAAUUCAAUUUACAGCCAGUUAUUUUUCUCGUAAAAAGUUGACAUUCCCAACUUCAGCUAUCAAAGUUAAUGACAUAUGACAGUAUGGGUUUUUGAUUUUAUUGACUGAUUUACGUCAAUGAAAUGUCAAAUCGUAAAUAGGUAAGCUGUUAAAAAAAAGAAUAAUGUGUAAGUUUUUGAUAAUGCCGGUGUAUAAAAUGUACGUUAAUUACUAACAAACCACUCGUGCAAUGAAUAAUGAAAUAUUUGACGUCCUACGAAAACAAUUCUAGUGAAUCUGUAGCAAUGAAUAACGAAAAUCAUGAAACGACGGAAAAAAACCCGGUGGUCUUUCUGGAUAUUAGUUUUGGGCCGGCAAAAGCCGGUAGAGUCGUAAUCGAACUCUUUAAGGAUAAAGUUCCAAAAACAGCGGAAAAUUUCCGGGCUCUGUGCACUGGUGAAAAGGGGAUUGGCAAACACGGAAAACCUCUACAUUUUAAAAACACUAUUUUCCAUAGAGUGGUUCCUUUAUUUAUGGUGCAAGGAGGAGACAUUACGACGAAAGAUGGUACAGGAGGUGAAAGCAUCUAUGGAAAUACAUUUGAAGAUGAAAAUUUUACAGUGCUGCAUGAAGAGGAGGGCAUGGUCGGAAUGGCCAACAACGGUCCAAACAGCAACAAUUCCCAAUUUUAUAUAACUACAGUUCCUUGUUCACAUCUCGACGGUAUUAACGUCGUCUUCGGUGUAGUCAGAAAAGGAUUCAAUAUAAUUAAAGAAAUGGGCGAAGUGCCACGAAAUGGCGACACACCGAUAGAAAAUAUUGUAAUAAUAAAUUGUGGCGAAUUGAAACCGGGAGUUCCCUGGGGCAUCGAGGAACAAGACGGAACAGAAGAUAUCUAUCCUCCAUGGCCAAACGACUGGGAUUUGCAAUCGGAUAAAAGAGAAAAAUUGAUUGAAAAUGCAAUAAAUCGAAUAAAAAAUUCGGGUAACCACUUUUUUAAACAGAGCAACUACGUAGAUUCAGAACGAAAGUAUAUUAAAGCAUUGAGAUAUAUUGACUGGUACUUAGGACUUAAAGAAAAUAAAAAUAUUAAAAACAUAGAAGAUUUGAAAAUGAAUUCGUUAUUAAAUCUUGCUGCAGUGAGACUGAAGAGACACAAGUACAAAGAGGUUAUAGACUUAUGUAGUCAGGUGACUUUAGAUGAGCCAAAAAAUGGGAAAGCUUUUUAUAGAAGAGGACAAGCAAAAUUAGCAUUAAAAGACUACGAUAAAGCCAUCAAGGAUUUAAAUGUCGCAAUUAAUCUGCACCCAAAUGAUAACAACAUCCAGGCAGUAUUAAACGUUGCUAAGAAAAAAAAGUUGAGUUAUUUAAAGCGGGAAAGGCAAUUUUAUGGCAAUUUUUUUAAGUAGACAUUUAAACAUUUCCAGUUUUGUUUUUUGUAUUUUUAUCUUAGUUUUUGCAAUAAUUAAAAAUUGUGAUUA